AUGCGUUUCUUACGCCUCCUUUCCGUGACCCUCGUCCUGGGCUUGGGAGCUCAAGCGAUCCCAAUUCUUUCGUCGUGCUCCCACGGGGCUUACAGUGCUCUCAUAAGUUUCGGUGACUCGUUCACAGACAAUGGCAACGGCGCUUGGGUGGUAUCGAACCAUUCCUGGCCGGCAAAUCCCAACUACUUUGGAGGGCGUUUUUCCAACGGCCCAGUGUGGACCGAGUUCAUCGCGGGCAACCUCUCGAUCCCGCUCAUCGAUUACGCAGUCGGGGGAGCGACGACCUCGAACAGUCUCGUCCAAGGCUACACCGGUCCAAGCUCUUCGAUCCCGGUACACUCCAUCGACGAGCAGGUACACCGCUUCAUCGCCUCUCCACCCGCCGCGCUGCGAGACACCGAGUCGUCCCGGCCGCUGUUCACUCUUCUCGGCGGGCUGAACGACUUUUUCUUCAACCCGAACGUGACCGGGGCGCAGUCCGCGCAGAAGAUCCUCGCGACCCGAGCGCUCCUCGCGGCCGUGUACCCUAAAGCGCGGAUCCUCGUGCUCGACUACCCGCGCGCGACGUGCUUCCCGUACGCGGCGUACGUGGACGACGCCGGCCGCGAGGCGCUCGAGACUUUCGGCAAGGAGCUGCGCGCGCACCUCCUUGCGGCAGCGGUGGGCGCGCAGCCCUCUGGGGCGGGCGCGUUCACGUUUGUCGACAUGGAGCCGCUGUUCGAACAGUUCCAGCCGGAUGGAGCGCCUGAGGUGUAUGGGUUCACCGAGGACGGGGCCAAGGGGAGCUGCUUGACGGGGGCGUACGGGGAGACGCCGACGGUCACGUUGUGCGACAAUGCGCCGGAGAGGGUGUGGUGGGAUGAAUACCACCCGACGACACAUAGCCAUUCGUGGGUGGCCGCGCUCGUUCUCAACGCGCUCGGGGUUUGA